AUGGCAGUCGAUUUCUCUAAGUCACAGGAGGCGCCCAUGCUUCUCAUCGAUCUCUCGGAGGACGUCAUGUUCGCCUUACGGAAGUUCUGCGGCACCUACGGCAACAAGACCAUGACCCAGCCUGCCCUCAAGAUGCUUCAGCCGAUACCACUCGUCCACUCUGCUCUAGCAGUCAAGGAGGCAGACAAGAUGUCUGCAGCACAGUGAAACCUGGCAGCUUCAAAGUGCAUGCAAGAGAUCGCGGUUCGUGGUUUCAUCAAGCUCAUCGAGUACGCCCUGAGCACCAUGGACGGGCCGCUGCAGAUGCCUCACAAGUGAAAGGACAUGGUGUACUACACGACCCUUGGUUCAGGUGUGUAUCUAAUGUGGCUACAUCAAUUCGUGACACGUACCGAAGACUUAUGUUGUGUUGUGCUGGUCGUGUGAUGGCACGCCCGACAAUCAUGUGGAAUGUAGCAAAUAGUUGCACGGCUUGAAUUUGAUGCAGACCACUAUUAGUCGACAACACCUCUGCUUGUAUAGAUAUUCCAGCCCCGAACGAAUUCGUUGCCAUGCCUGAAUCAGAGGCAAGAGGGCACACGUUGACGACACGUUCAACACGAGACAAGGUGCUGCUCCGCCUCCAAAAAUGCACACAAAUAGCGGACUUCCUCUUGCUCCCACACGCGCUGUUGCCGUUUGAAAUGUAUCGCAGGCACCUCCAAGGCGAAGACCUUCAUGGAGAAACCGUCGACCGUCCUAACCAAGUGCAAGAGCUACAAGGCCGAGUACACGAAAGUGUGGCUCUGGCUUGACACGUAAGUUUUGCGGGCAAGUCGGAUUCUCAGCGCAGCGUAUUUCCCUCUCUCGUGGCGUCGCACACUCCGAAAACCGGAAGACGAAAGCAAUGCAACCCUAAUUCCGUGUGUGCAAAUUCGACGGUGCUUGACGUGAGGAUCUUCGUAAAAUCACGAGGCUUCUUUAUGCCUGUGUUGGUCAAGCAUGUGUGUGCGUGCGUGUGUUUGUCGUAAAGUAGUCUACACAAAACGGGAGGAUGAAGACACACACGCACUUUCAUUGGUCAGCCGG